AUGAAAUUUCUUUUCAUAUUUGCAGAUGAAGAAGCAGAAUUGUUUGGAGAUUUCCAAGAUAAUAUCGAUGAUGAAAUUGAAGAGGGUGAUAAUCGUUGUAUAUGGUAUCAAGUAGCUGAGUCUGACAGUGAACCUGCAAAAGCUAAUAUUCGUCAAAAUUCCAAUACAAUUGACAUUAUAUAUUUCGGAAGUCAUAUUUAA